AUGGCAGAUUCUGAGUCUUGGGAUGACAAUAUACCUGUUGCUCAGCCUUGGCCGGAAUCUAAGCCUUCCCCACCCUCAGCAGAAGACGAAGAAGAAGAAGAAGAAGAUGAUGACAACAUAGAUACACAGCUGAAAGCAAAUCUCCAGAAUCAUAAAGCAGACCAAAAUGAAUCAGACGAAGGCUGGGAUGUUGCGAAGGAGCUUGAGAGGUUUGUUGCAUCAAAGACUGACCCAUCUCUUUUUAUUUACCACCAUGGUGCUAUUACCACCUAUGUCUUGGUUUAUGUUGAUGACAUUAUAGUAACCAGCAGUAAGGCUGCUCAUGUAACCCCUCUCCUACAACAGCUGGCUAUGUCCUUCUCCAUAAAAGAUUUGGGACCCUUAAGUUUCUUUUUGGGGGUCAAGGUUGUUCGCAUUGCUGGUGGCAUUCUUCUAUCUCAAUCAUGCUACAUCACCGACCUCCUUCAACGGGCCAGCAUGGCUGAUUGUAAACUGAUAUUGACACCAAUGGCUACCACUACACGACUAUUUGCUACAGGGGGUGGUCCAAUGAAAGACCCAACCAGGUAUAGAAUGAUUGUCAAGGCACUACAAUACAUAACUUUGACUAGACCAAAUGUUGCUUACUCUGUGAAUCAGGCUUGCCAAUUCAUGCAUGCUCCUACAGAGCACCAUUGUACCCAUGUCAAGCGUAUACUACGCUACCUCAAGCACACAAAGUCCUAUGGUCUCUUCAUUAAUCGGUCCACCGAUAUAGCCCUUCAAGCCUUUACAAAUGCCAAUUGGGCCGAUAAUGGUGAUGAUUGCAAGUCCACUGGUGGGUAUGCCGUCUCUGGGACCCAAUCUCAUUUUAUGGACCUCUAA